AUGCACUGGGCAAAAAUACUGGGAGUGGGCAUUGGGGCUGCGGCCCUCCUGGGGCUAGGGAUCAUCCUGGGCCACUUCGCCAUCCCUAAAGCAACUGACUCUCCGGCCCCCAGUACCUCAGUCUCCCAGGACCUGGACAUGGCAAUCCUUGACUCUGUAAUGGAACAGCUGGAUGCCGGCAGGAUCCGAGAGAACCUUCGAGAACUCUCCAAGGAACCGCAUGUGGCUACUAGCCCUCGGGAUGAGGCCCUGGUGCAGCUGCUGCUGGAGCGCUGGAAAGACACGACGACUGGCCUGGAUGCAGCCAAGACCUUUGAGUAUAAGGUCCUGCUCUCCUUCCCCAGCGCCGAGCAGCCUAACACCGUGGAAGUCGUGGGCCCCAAUGGAACAGCCUUCCACUCCUUCAGACCCUUCGAGAAGAAUCUGACUGGGGAGCAGGUGGGGCCCAAUGUGUUGCAACCUUACGCUGCCUACGCUCCCCCUGGGACCCCACAGGGACUCCUCGUCUAUGCCAACCAGGGCUCGGAAGAGGACUACAAGGCACUAGAGGCUCAGGGCAUCAACCUCAACGGCACCAUCGCCCUGACUCGAUAUGGGGGUGUGGGGCGUGGGGCCAAGGCCAUUAAUGCUGCCAAACACGGAGUGGCAGGAGUGCUGGUGUACACGGACCCCGGUGAUAUCAACGACGGGAAGAGCCUGCCCAAUGAAACCUUUCCCAACUCCUGGGGCCUGCCUCCCUCUGGUGUGGAGCGAGGCUCCUACAAAACAUAUUUUGGGGAUCCUCUGACUCCCUACCUUCCAGCCCACCCCUCUUCUUUCCGCCUGGAUCUUCACAACAUUCCUGGAUUUUCCCCAAUUCCCGCCCAGCCUAUAGGCUUUGAGGAUGCUAAAGCCCUGCUCUGUAACCUCGAUGGACCGUCUGCCCCAGGCGGCUGGCAGGGAGCCUUGGGCUGUGACUACAAGAUGGGACCGGGCUUCAAACAGGGCGGCAGCUUCCCCACAGCCAGUGAGGUGAAAGUGAGUGUCCACAACAGUCUGGAGCUGAGAACUUCCUCCAAUGUCCUGGGCAUCAUCCGGGGGGCUGUGGAGCCUGAUCGUUACGUGAUCUACGGAAACCAUCGUGACAGCUGGGUACAUGGGGCAGUGGACCCCAGCAGCGGCACUGCUGUCCUCCUGGAGAUCUCUCGAGUCCUGGGGACCUUGCUAAAGAAAGGCACCUGGCGACCCCGCAGAUCCAUUAUAUUCGCCAGCUGGGGGGCAGAGGAGUUCGGGCUCAUCGGCUCUACGGAAUACACAGAGGAGUUCCUCAGCAAGCUGCAGGAGCGCACCACAGCCUACAUCAAUGUGGACAUCUCCGUCUUCGCCAACGCUACCCUCCGGGCACAGGGGACGCCCCCAGUACAGAGCGUGAUCUUCGCUGCCACCAAAGAGAUCAGUGCACCAGGUCCCAGCGGCCUCAGUAUCUAUGACAACUGGCUCCGGCAUACUAACCGCAGUAGUCCAGUGUACGGCCUGGUCCCCAGCCUGGGUACGCUGGGAGCAGGCAGCGACUAUGCCGCAUUCAUCCACUUCCUGGGCAUCUCUUCCAUGGAUCUUGCCUACACCUAUGACCGGAGCAAGACCUCAGCCAGGAUCUACCCUACCUACCACACGGCUUUUGACACGUUUCAUUACGUUGAGAAGUUUCUGGACCCCGGUUUCACCAGCCACCAAGCUGUGGCACGGACUGCUGGGAACGUGCUUCUCCGCCUCAGCGAUAGCCUCUUUUUGCCCCUCAAUGUCAGUGACUAUACUGAGACACUCCACAGUUUCCUGCAGGCUGCCCAAGGGGACCUCAGCACCCUGUUAGGGCAGCAUAACAUCAGCCUGGGGCCCCUGGUGAAUGCAGUGAAGAUGUUUGAGUUAGCAGCUGCAGCCUUGGGCCAGCGCAUCUUGACACUGCAGAAGAGCAGCAGCCCAGACCCCCUGCAGGUGCGGAUGGUCAACGACCAGCUGAUGCUCCUGGAGCGGGCAUUCCUGAACCCGAGGGCUUUCCCGGAGGAGCGAUACUAUAGCCAUGUGCUCUGGGCACCCAAGACGGGCCCUGUGGCCACGUUCCCAGGUCUGGCCAACGCUUAUGCUAAGGCCCAGAACAGCUCUGGAUCUGAAGCUUGGGCAGAAGUACAGAGGCAGCUUAGCAUCGUAGUAACGGCCCUGGAGGGUGCAGCAGCCACCCUGGAACCUGUGGCUGACCUCUGACCCUAGUCCUGUCCCGUGGGCUUCUGCUUUAUCUUGCACCUCUCUCAUCUGUCCUCUGGGACAUGUCCCAGUCCUUUCUGAAGCCAGGAGUAGAUACAACCAAGAAACAACUCUCAAGCUUUUGAGGCAACAGCGGGCGGUGCCUGCAGUCGAGGACACCAGCUCAUGGUUGUGGCUGAAACUUAGGCCUAAAGUAGAGUGUAGAGGCCCCUGCCUAACCUGCUUUCCUUGUCUCCUGCUCCAUCUCCCUCCCUUAACCCUCAAAUAAACAAAGUCUAACA